CGAACUGCGACCUCCUACGAAUCUUGAGGUUGCCUUGGCCGGAUACGAAGAAGGUUCGCCUGUGAGCUCAACAGAUGCGUUCCCGUCUCCUCUCGAGUUGGAUGGGGAGGUUAGCAGUAGUGCGGAUGAAGGCUUGUCGAGUCCUGCACUACCGUCGUACAGCAAGUUCAAUCGGCGGCGACCACGUUCGAGUCAAGCAUCAGGUUUUAGACCUCGUCGAAUCAUCCUGGUUCGCCACGGAGAGAGUAUGGGGAAUAUAGACGAACAUACGUACAGUCAGAUUCCAGAUUGGAAGGUGCCGCUUACAGGAGAAGGUCGGCUGGAAGCACGAUGUGCUGGAGAGCAAAUCAAGAAGCUGGUGAAGCGAGCGGUCUUCUAUGUGAGUCCGUAUAGACGGACAGUCGAGACGUACGAGGAAAUCGCGAAGACUAUUGGAUUGGACAGGGUAGUCUCGGUUCGGUCAGAGCCGCGAAUCAGGGAACAAGAUUUUGGUAAUUUUCAAUGUCCUACGGAAAUGCUGAAGUGCAAACAAGAAAGGGAGAGAUUCGGUCGUUUCUUCUACCGCUUUCCUCACGGUGAAUCUGGCGCUGAUGUCUACGAUCGAGUGACGACGUUUUUGGAGUCUAUGAAGCGGCAUUGGAGCGAUCCGGCACGGAGGAGAUCACGAGCCCCUCGACCACGAACUCGCAGUGAUGUAUUUGCUGGCCAUUUGUGUUAUACCGAAGAUUCUGACGUGGUUAUAGUUACUCACGGAGUAACUCUUCGUAUUUUUCUCAUGCGUUGGUUCAACUGGACGGUUGACCUUUUCGAGGAAACCUACAAUCCUCAUAAUUGCGAUGUUGUUGUAAGACAAAAGCUGAAAAUGGUGAUGGUACGAGAUGAAGAAGGUCAUUACCAGCUCACGGAGGAGUCGUUGAAUCUCCUUGGCCUCACAGAUCGAGUCUUGAAGAACGCCAGCAACACUAUGAUAGGAAUGCGCUAUAACGGUUCGGGACAGCUGUGUUGUUACAAUCCGGCUAGGAUCGGCUCUUGGGAGUGCUUCCCUGAUAGUGAUGACGCUGGCGAAGAUUCGGUUGAAGAAGAGAGUUCUCAGCAAGCUAAUGCUUAG